AUGAGUUCAACGUCUGAUGCAAGUACUGUUCCACAAAAGAAAAGCCGUGUUGAGUUUGAUCCGAGUGAUAUUAUCGCCGACCCAGGGCUUCAAAAACCAAUUGAAGAGUACGACAUAGGAAUAAGAGAUCAAGUAAGGAGAGAGUAUUUGUUAAUGGGUCCAUGUCAACCAGUUGGUCACAAUUUUCCUAGAAAACAACAAGGAAAAGAUUUGAGAAGCUUUAAAGAAGUGUGGUUUCAGAAAUUUGAUUGGUUGGAAUAUAGUGUGGAGAAAGAUGCAGCUUAUUGUUUCUAUUGUUAUCUUUUUAAGCAAUCAAGGGGAGAUAAACUUGGGAUUGAUGCCUUCACAAAGACAGGGUUUAGCAAUUGGAAGAAGGCCAUGGAAGUUUUCACUGAGCAUGUUGGAGGAGUUAAUAGCAACCACAACAAUGCAAGGCGACAUUGUGAGGAUUUCAAAAAUCAGAGACAAAGUGUGUCACACAUAUUCUCUUCUCAUAACAGAGAGAUGGAGAUUGCAUAUAGAGCUCGUGUCACUGCUGCUUUUUACGUGUUGUUAGAUUUCUUACAUUUGCGAGGUCUUACUUUUUACGUGGACAUGAUGAAUCUUCUAGUUCCACAAAUAGGGAAGGAGUUAGUAAGGGCUUGUGCAGAAGAGACCACACGGGUCAUUAUUGAUGAGAUUGGAGAUAGUCAUUUCUCUAUACUUCUUGAUGAGUCUCAUGACAAAUCAAUAAAAGAGCAAAUGGCUGUGAUUGUGAGGUUUGUGAACAAGCAAGGCCAAGUAAUUGAAAGAUUUCUUGCUGUUGAACAUGUUGCCGAUACUUCAGCCUCUUCAUUAAAGACAGCUUUGGAUGGAUUGUUUGCCCGUUAUGGUUUAUCUAUUUCUAGAUUGAGAGGGCAGGGGUAUGAUGGAGCUUCUUGCUGCGGGAGAAGGACCCUAGAUUGCCUGUUCGACUAUAGUGCUAGUCAGGUUGAGUCCAAGAUUGCAUUGGUUGUCGUUUCUGUUGCUAAAGGCAUUUUGGCUAUUAGUGAUUUUUUCAGCUAUGUCACUAUGAUUGUGAACAUUGUGGGGGCUUCUUGCAAAAGGAGAGAUGUGUUGCUUCAGAAACAACAUGAUAAGAUUGUGGAGAAAUUGGAGAAAGGUGAAAUCUUUUCAGGAAGGGGCAAACAUCAAGAGACUAAUCUUGCAAGACCUGGUGAUACUCGGUGGGGCACACAUUAUACAACUUUAAUCCGGCUAUUUACUAUGUGGGAGUCAGUAUUAGAGGUGUUAGAGAAUGUGUGUAAUGAUGGGAAUGUUGCAGAACAAAGAGUCAUAGCAUCGGGUUUGAUACAAAGGAUGGAGAGUUUUGAAUUUAUAUUUAUCUUGCAUCUGAUGAUCAAAGUAUUGGGAUUAACUAAUGACCUGUCAAAUGCCUUGCAGCAGAAAGAUCAAAACAUUGUUAAUGCAAUGGGGUUGAUUGUAACUGUCAAAGAACUUAUGCAAGACUUGAGAGAAAAUGGAUGGGGUAUAUUUUUAGAAGAAGUCAAGAGUUUCUGUGUUGCAAUGUCAGUUUCAGUGCCGAAUAUGGAAGAUAGUAUAUCAGUUCGAGGUUGUUCGAGACGUGGAGGGCAAUUGGUUACUUAUUACCAUCAUUAUCAUGCGGAGAUCUUUAUUGCCGUGAUUGAUUUACUUACUACUGAGAUGAAUAACCGAUUUAGUGAAACUUCUACAGAGUUAUUAAGAUGUAUUGCUUGUCUUGAUCCAAGAAACUCUUUUUCCAGAUUUGAUCAUGGUAUGCUUGUUCGACUUGCUCAAAUUUACUCUGAUGAUUUCUCCACAUCCGAUCAUCUUAUCUUGAAAGAGCAACUUCGCAUAUAUAUUCAUGAUGUGAGAAGAAAUUCUGAUUUUUCAAAUUGUCAUGAUCUAACAAGUCUUGCUGUGAAAAUGGUUCAGUUUGAUAAACAUUUGACUUUUCCAUUGGUUUAUCGCCUUAUCGAAUUGGCAUUGAUCUUACCAGUGGCAACAACAACAGUUGAAAGAGCAUUCUCAGCAAUGAAUAUCAUCAAAACAGAUUUACGAAACAAAAUAGGCGAUGAAUGGUUGAACAAUAUGAUGGUUUGCUAUAUUGAGCGAGAAAUGUUUGCUAAAAUUGAUGAAGACAUAAUAUUGCAAUGUUUUCAAAACAUGCAAAAUCGAAGGAUUCAACUUCCUCCUCGCAGUAAUUAG